AAGUUCAUAUUACGGAAGUGUGUCACAGUGGCGGCCAGUCUUGCGCUCUCUUUCCGGUCCGGGAGGCUAGGCAGCUAGUUGAGCAAAAUGCCGUCGAUUGAAUACGACGACUCAAAGCCCAGCUGGGCCGACCAAGUCGAGGAGGAAGUCGACGAAGGAACACUUCCAUCACCCAAGGAAACCAUUAAAGGAAACAUAAAAACCAUCACAGAGUAUAAAAUCGACGAUGAUGGAAAGAAGUUUAAGAUUGUGCGGACAUUCAAAAUCGAGACCAGAAAAGCCUCCAAAGCCAUUGCCAGGAGAAAGAACUGGAAGAAGUUCGGCAACUCUGAGUUUGAUGCGCCAGGUCCCAAUGUGGCCACCACCACCGUCAGCGAUGACGUCCUCAUGACCUUCAUCUCUAGCAAGGAGGAUUUAAACGCCCAAGACCAAGAUGAAGACCCCAUGAACAAGCUGAAAGGACAGAAGAUUGUGUCAUGUCGUAUCUGCAAAGGCGACCAUUGGACUACACGCUGUCCUUACAAGGACACGCUGGGCCCCAUGCAGAAGGAGCUUGCCGAGCAGCUUGGCCUCUCCACCGGCGACAAAGAGAAACCGGCUGGCGCUGCUGAACCAGAACCUGUGCAGCCUGCGCAAAGCAAGACUGGCAAGUACGUGCCCCCCAGUCUGAGGGAUGGAGGCACGCGGAGAGGAGAGUCCAUGCAGCCCAACCGGAGAGCGGACGACAACGCCACCAUUCGUGUGACCAACCUGUCCGAGGACACCCGCGAGACGGACCUGCAGGAGCUCUUCAGACCAUUCGGCUCCAUCUCCAGAAUCUACCUGGCCAAAGACAAGAACACGGGACAGUCCAAGGGCUUUGCAUUCAUCAGCUUCCACCGUCGCGAGGAUGCAGCCAGAGCCAUUAUUGGCGUGUCAGGGUUUGGAUACGAUCAUCUCAUUCUCAAUGUUGAAUGGGCCAAACCUUCAAACAACUGAGAACUACUCUUCCACCAGGAGGCCAUGUUUUAUUGCUGUGGUAAAAUAUGGUUAUCAGCUUAAUAAAGAGAAUCAAUGUA